AUGGUUGUCUCAUACUGCUAUUCUGUGGAACUGGAUUCUAGAUCACCCACCAAGGAAGCAACAGCCAACAACAGUGCCCCAGUAGCAGCCGCUGCACCAGCCAAGCCUGCUCCUCCCACUGCUGCCGGUGGGCCUCCAGCACGUCCUGGGCCACCUGCCAAACCCCCCCCUCCCGCCAUCACCCCCACUGCUCCAGCCCCUGCCGCUAAAGCUAACAAUGCACUUGAUGAUGGUUUCUUGUUGGACCUGGACCCAAUGUCCUCUUCAUCAACAGGGGGCGCAGCAGCCUCCUCCCUAAUAACCAACUGGGGAGAUCUCUUGGCUGAUCGAGACGGUCCGGCUGCCGUGGCUGCGGGCCCUGCUGCUGAUGCGUUUGCUGGAUCUGACCCCUUCGCCACGACAGAGGGAUCUACCAGCAUGGCACCAGAGCUGGACCUUUUUGCCAUGAGACCGACUGAAUCGGACAGCGCCGCCUCUGCCCCAGCUACUCUCACUCCUCCUUCAUCCAGUGAGGCUCCGACCAUCGCUGCUCCCAUUGCUGCCCCUGCUGCCCCUGCCCAAUCCACAACCUCCACUACUACUAUUACUACUACAACAACUGACAAAGCUACCACAGAGUCCACAGCCGCUCCCAGUAUAGACCUUUUUGGUGAUAUGUUUGAUUCAAUGCCUGAGCAAAGCCCUACCACAGAAUCCAAAGCUGCUACCACUCCUAGUGUAGACCUUUUUGGUGCAGACACGUUUUCAGCAUCAACGCCCUCAUCGACACCAGCUUCAGCCCCUGCUGCAGCCCCUGCUGCAGCUGCCCCAGCUGAAGCCACUGCCCCAAAGGCAACUACUCCCCCCAAAACAGAGCCUGCCCCCGUCAUUGACCUACUCGACACCUUUGGCAGCCCAGUAGAUGAGACCAAAACAUCUGCUCCUGGUGGAACUGGUGAAGACCUAUUAGGAGGUCUGAUGUCCCCCACCCUGGCUCCUACAACAGUCCCUCCCUUGGCCCCAGCUCCAGCUCUGGCCCCUGCACCAGUUCAGAAUGACCUCCUGGAGUCUGGUUUUGAUGGUCUGGACUCUCUCUCUCUCUCUCCCACUCCUCCUGUCCCUGCAACCAUCUCGGCUGUGCCCCUCAUUCCAGGUGCUACAGCCACAGAACCAGCAGCAGCAACAACAGCGCCAUCUGGUGGAUUUGAUCCAUCAAUGUUUGGUGGAUUAGGCGACUUGCUGAUGCCUGCUGUCACACCACAGAGCACAGGAGGCAGCACCACGGGCAGUACAGCGGGCAGUGUGGGCACUCCUGCCUCUGCUCCCAUGACUGCCACCCCUCCCCUCACUAAAACUAUCUCAGAGGACCUGGACUCAUCACUCGCCAAUCUGGUGGGAGAUCUUGGAGUCAAGAAAAAGGAUCCUUUUGGUGAGAAAAAGCUGACAGGAGGUGCUAACUGGACUCCCCAAGUAGCUCCACCCACCUGGACAGCCCCAGGCGCCCCACUGGCUCCUACAGCAGCUCCAGGAGCCCCAGGAACAGUGCCCCCGGGUGGACCCAUGGUGCCUCCUAUGCAGCCAGGAUUUGGACUGCCACCCGCAGGAGCCCCCGGAGCUCCAAUGAUGCAGCCAAUGAUAGGGCAGCCUUUAAUGGGACAGCCCAUGAUGGGGCAGCCCAUGAUGAGACCCCCCUUUGCUGGAGCACCCGGAGCGGCUCCACCUGGAGCACCGCUCUCCCCAGGACUUGCAAGUCAAAGUCCCAAGAAACCCAAGGACCCUCUGGCAGAACUCGAUCUCAAGGACUUCUUAUAACCUCCUGGACCCUCUCUCAUCCACCUGGUGUCUGUGAACAUCUCAGGACUCCAGUCACUGCUCCUCUGUCCCUCUGUCCACCUCGGUAACUCUGCUCCACCAUCCUCUCUCCUGUGUGAUGUCGUAGCACAAACUGUGAAAGUGAACCAUAGCAGAUAUCUAUGAAAAUAUAUUAGUGAGAAAAAAACAUGUGUGUGCUCUUGUAGAUGUUACUAAUCUUUUGUCAAAUCCACAAACUUUGGAGGAAAAAGUUUUAAAAAAAAGUUGAGAGAAAGUGAAGGCGAAUCUGUAUGUGUUUAAAGUUAUUUCUAGUGCUGAGUUGAAUGAUGGAUGUGCUUUGGUGUCUCAUGCUCCACCCAUAACUGUAUCUGCUCAAAGAGGCAGGCUUUUUCAUUGUCUCCCCACUCUGAUUGGAUAAGAGUGGUUAGAUUUUGGUCAUGUGAUGUUUACAGAGCGGUCCUCAUUGAUGUAUAUAGAUUUCCUGAUUUGAGGAUUAUUAUGUCUUUACUCUGUAUGUCUGUUGAAGAGAAUUAAAUAAUUGUGAAUCUGAAGAAAAUGUAAGAAAUUGUGUAAUCUAUUUCCCGUCUGCUAAAUUAUUGAUAUAGUGAAUAAAUGACAUCUAUGGGCUUCUUAAUUAUUCAAGACCAGCAAUUUCUGUUGUGUUUAUUUAAAGUCGUGGCUUAUUUUUGAUUGUUUUGUCUUUUAUGUAUUAUUUUAUUCUGUUGUUUUGUACAGUAGUCCUCAGUCAGCUGCAGAUUUGUGAUUUUGCAAUUUGGGACGAUAUCUCCCAAUAAUAAAAUAAUAAAAAAUCUACUGACAUUUUAAGACAAUAUAAGUUGACACUGAUCAUGUUUGCUUGUGAUUUCAAUACAAUACAACUCAAAUGUCCCUAUAAUGUUCAAGGCAGUGUCUUAUGCCCAACACAGCUGGACAAUAAUAAGUUAUUUUUCUUUAAUAAAAAUGCCUUUUAGUCCAGAAUUAUGAGAAUGCAAAUAAAUCUGAAAUAUGUGUGGACAAUGCAAAGAAUUAACAAAGAAAUGGUGCCUGAUAAUGUGUGUAGUACAUACAGCAGACAACUCAACCAGUAAUACACUUAAUAAUAUUGUGUACUUUUGUUCCUGUUGAAUCUCAGUGGCCCAUGUUGUUAAGGUGGACUGGCUUUGGCCAGUGACAUCACAGUCUUUGUGUUACCAAAAGUAUGUUCAGUGCUUGGUUGUGAGAAUCUGAUGUUACUUGGAGAAAGUUGUGGGAAAUUAUACACAUUUUACAAAUACUAAAACUGUAUUUUUCUUCAGUUGUAAAGUUAUUUUCAUUACAAUGGCCCAAACCCUAGUGCAUGUAAGCCCUAUGAGAUGCAAUA